AUGGAGGGGAAGCUACGGCGGGUGGAAAGGGCCAUCAACGCAAGCGCACAACAGGCCCCCACUACGUAUUGUAUAUUGCUUCAAUUCUCGAGUAUACCUACUUACAUCAAUCCUACAGUCCUCGACGGAGGAACCGGCUUCCUCAAAGUUGGCUAUGCCGCCCAAAACUUCCCCGAAUUCCAAUACCCCUCCAUCGUCGGACGCCCUAUCCUGCGUUCUGAAGAAAAAGGCACCGAUGGCCUAGUCAUCAAAGACAUAAUGUGCGGUGACGAAGCAGCCGCCGCGCGCACCAUGCUGCAGGUAUCCUACCCCAUGGAAAAUGGCAUCGUCAAGAAGUGGGACGACAUGCAGCAUCUCUGGGACUACACUUUCUACGAGAAGAUGAAGGUUGACACUACCGGGCGCAAGAUCUUGCUUACGGAGCCCCCGAUGAAUCCGCUGAAGAAUAGGGAGCAGAUGUGCGAAGUGAUGUUUGAGAGGUAUCAGUUUGGUGGUGUUUACGUUGCUAUUCAAGCUGUAUUGGCGCUUUAUGCACAAGGUCUCAGCUCCGGUGUGGUCGUUGAUUCCGGAGACGGAGUAACUCACAUUGUCCCCGUCUAUGAAUCCGUCGUCCUCAACCACCUAACACGCCGGCUGGACGUCGCCGGCCGAGACGUAACCCGCAAUCUCAUCGCCCUCCUCCUGCGCCGCGGCUACGCCCUAAACAGAACCGCCGAUUUUGAGACCGUGCGCCAGAUCAAAGAGAAGCUCUGCUACGUCUCAUACGACUUGGAAUUAGAUCAGAGACUGAGCGAGGAUACGACUGUCUUGGUAGAGAGCUACACCCUACCCGACGGCCGAGUAAUCCGAGUUGGUAGCGAGCGUUUCGAAGCCCCCGAAUGUCUAUUCCAACCCCACUUAGUUGAUGUCGAACAACCAGGCAUCGCCGAAUUUCUCUUCAAUACCAUCCAAGCCGCCGACGUCGAUGUGCGCUCCUCGCUCUUCAAAGCCAUCGUCUUGUCCGGCGGUAGCAGCAUGUACCCUGGCCUACCCUCACGAUUAGAGAAGGAGCUAAAGCAGUUAUGGCUUACGAAGGUACUGGGCGGAAAUCCGGAACGGCUGAAUAAGUUUAAGGUCCGCAUUGAGGAUCCACCCAGGAGGAGACAUAUGGUGUUCCUAGGAGGUGCGGUGUUGGCGAAUAUCAUGGCGGAUAAAGAGAGUAUGUGGAUAAGCAAAGCAGAGUGGGAAGAACAGGGUUCAAAGGCCCUUGAAAAACUUGGGCCUAGAUAA